CAAAAUGUGCGGUCCCUCGGUUGUAGUUUAAAACCCCGGCAUUUGAGCCUGAGCCUUGCUUUCUGCUCCCUCUCACUGAAUUGACAAUGGCUUCGGUUCAAGACCCCUGCUCCUUUGCGUCUUCCUCCAAGUGCACCACCAAGCAUCUGAACCUCAGCUACCAUGUGGACUUUGAGAGACGGGUUCUGAAGGGGAAGGUGGCGCUCACCGUGGAGGUUCUGGAGGAUCGCUGCUCGACUGUGACUUUGGACACCCGAGACCUCACGAUCUUCUCGGCGACAGCAAAUGGACAAAGUGCCAAGUUCAACAUGGGUCCGGAACACAGCUUCCUGGGCACCCCCUUGGAGAUCACCCUGCCAUUUGAGCUCUCCAGGGGGCAGCAAGUGAUUGUGGAGGUGGCGUAUGAGACGGCUCCCAAGGCGACCGCGUUGCAGUGGCUCACACCUGACCAGACGGCGGGGAAGAAACAGCCGUACCUCUUCAGCCAGUGCCAGGCCAUCCACUGCAGGACAAUGAUCCCGUGUCAAGACACGCCCUCUGUGAAGCACUCCUACUAUGCUCAGGUGUCCGUGCCACAGGAGCUGGUGGCCGUGAUGAGCGCCAUGCGUGACGGACAGGCGCCCGACCCGGAGGACAGCAGCCGCCUCAUCUACCGCUUCAGACAGCCGGUGCCGAUGCCGUCCUACCUGAUCGCCAUCGUGGUGGGGGCGCUGGAGAGCAGAGAGAUCGGGCCCCGGUCUCUUGUCUGGUCCGAGAAGGAGUUUGUGGACAAGGCGGCGUUCGAGUUUUCCGAGACGGAGAACAUGCUGAAGACGGCGGAGUCCCUGGUGGGGCCGUACGUGUGGGGCCAGUACGACAUCCUGGUGCUGCCCCCCUCCUUCCCCUACGGGGGUAUGGAGAACCCCUGCCUCACCUUCGCCACGCCCACCCUGCUGGCCGGAGACCGAUCCUUAUCCAACGUCAUCGCCCACGAGAUCUCCCACAGCUGGACCGGUAACCUGGUGACUAACAAGACCUGGGAGCACUUCUGGCUGAACGAGGGCCACACCGUCUACCUGGAGCGCAUGAUCGGCAGAUCUAUGGAGAGCGAGCAGUUCAGACAGUUCAAGGCCAUGGGAGGCUGGAAAGAGCUGCAGGAAUCUGUGAAGACGUUCGGAGCCAACAACCCCCUGACUAACCUGGUCCCCAGCCUUCAGGACGUGAACCCAGACGACGCCUUCUCCUCCGUGCCCUACGAGAAGGGGUUCGCCCUGCUCUACCACCUGGAGGAGCUGCUGGGGGGCCCAGUGGUGUUCAUGGGCUUCGUCAAGUCCUACAUCCAGAUGUUCGCCUACGGCAGCGCCACCACAGAGGAGUGGAAGGCAUACCUGUUCACCUACUUCCAGGACAAGGUGGACGUCCUCAACAAGGUGGACUGGAACGCCUGGAUGCACACACCGGGCAUGCCGCCCGUCAAACCGCAGUACGACACCACGAUGGCGGACUCUUGCAUCGCGCUGUGCAGUAAAUGGACCAAGGCCGGUGAGGCAGACCUGGGGGGUUUCACCGCGGCGGACCUGACGACCCUCUCCUCCCACCAGGUCAUCGAGUUCCUGUCCCUCCUCCUGCAGGAGGAACCCCUCCCCCACCACGUGAAGAGGAUGCAGACGUACGACUUCAACAGCUGCAUCAACGCUGAGAUCCGCGCCAGGUGGCUGCGUCUGUGUGUGAAGUCCCGGUGGGAGGAGGCGGUCCCCAAGGCGCUGCAGAUGGCCACGGAGCAGGGCCGCAUGAAGUUCACCCGCCCCCUGUUCAGGGAGGUGUACAACUUCGACAAGUUCCGCGACGAGGCCGUGCGCAUGUUCAAGACCCACCGAGCCGCCAUGCACCCGGUGAUGCUGGACCUGCUGUCCAAGGACCUCAAGGUGGACCUCACCUCGUGCUAGGGCGCUCCGUCUGCAGCACCCCAACACGACUACUGCAACCUUCCAUACCGACAUGCUAACAUCGAAGGAAACUUACGGAAAAGUGGAUGUGCGCUUAUUCAUUAUUUAUUGUGCGCCUGUGUGUGCGUGUGUUUGCGUGUGCGGCUGUGAGAUUAUGCAUCGCUCAGGGCACAGAAAGUGACCUCAUGAUUUUGAAGCAGGAGCUGAAGGGUGCAUCUGAUGUACUCCUUCUGCCCUUCGUAGACCAGCGUGCUUUAAGGACUGGUGGCUACAUCCUUUUUCUUGUGUCUUCAAUAAAACCUUUCUAUAUCGAGCACAAA